AUGCGCAGUGCAAAAGUGCUAGUCAUUAAUUUGGGAGCCUUGGGUACGGAAAUUACAAAGAAUCUGGUUCUCAGUGGUGUGGGUUCACUGUCCCUAAUCGAUAGUCACAUCGUCGGAACGCAAGAUCUGGAAUCGCAGUUUUUUGUGAGCAAGGACGAAGUAGGAACCAAACGGCUGGAUGCUGCAGCAUCCCGAAUCCAAGAUAUGAACCCAAGAGUGGAAUUGAACUUCGAUAAAGACGACUUUCGAACAAAGCCAAGCUCGUACUUCCAGCAAUAUAAUUUAAUUGUCGCGACAGACCUCCACAGCGCAGAUAUAGUCAAGCUGAAUGCUAUCAGUCGUCGUUUUAGUGUGCCGCUAUUCGUGGCGGGGCUCAACGGGCUCUCAGGUUACAUUUUUGUUGAUCUAAUCCAGUUUGAUGCCACUGACGAAAAAUUGAAAAGCUCCAUGGCCACUCCGCUGAAACGACUGUCUCAAAACCGUGAGGUAAUAGAAGUUAUAGAGCAUUUCAAUGAGGAACAAAGCAAGACCUUUGAGAGAAUCGUGACACGAAACAUCUAUUCACCGUUUGAAAAAAUGCUAAAGGAGGGCUCUCUCAAGGGUAAAUUAACUAGAAGACAACUCAAGCGGCUCACCAAUGCAGUUCCUCUUACCUUGGCUCUCUUUGAUUACGAUGACGAAACUUCAAGUCUUAACGCACAGGACCUCAGAGAAAAAGCUACAGAGAAGUGCGUCCAACUGGGGUUGCCUGUAGAAAACCUGCAACAGAAGUAUAUCGAGCAGUUUGCAGAGCAAGCAGGUCUCGAAUUUGCGCCAGUAGCUGCAGUUAUCGGUGGUGCAGUCGCCCAGGACGUGAUAAACAUUUUGGGGAAAAAACAAUCGCCAUUGAAUAACUUCAUUGUGCUAGAUGCUAUAACUUUAGACAUGCAUAUUUUUGAGCUGUAG